AUGAAACUUUCACUCAACAUGGGCGCACUUGCUGCUGCCAAGCAAUCCGAAGACAAGAUCUCACCACAGCAACAACAACCAACGUCUGAUGAUGAGAGUGUGAAUAGCUACACCAGUGAUCAAGAGUCUGAAAGAGAAAGUAGUAAUCGGAUGGAUACAAGUGUGGACGAGGCUCCAAAAAUCCAACAACCUACUCCACUUCAGAAACUUCCUAGUUUUUCUCUCAAUCUCAAAGGAAUUGGUAAUAAUGCAAUUACUGAUUCCAACCCUUUAGCUAGUAUUGUACCAAAAGCAAAUGAAAUUGAGGAAGAGGACGAAUAUAGUGAUGAUGAUUUGAAAGAGACUUCCGGAGCUAGAGAUCAGUCAGUAAAACCUUCGUCAUCAUCAUCUCUUCCUAAAUUUAAUUUACAAAUGCCAUCGUUACCUGUAUCAGAGAAUACCUCAUCAGCAAGAAAUUCUUCGGCAAGAAACCCAGCAUCAUCAUUUUCACAGAGUGAAUCAAUCCUACCUGUAGAUUUAAUAGUUCCGAAUUUAUGUACAGUCAAUUUAAGCAGUUCUCAAAAUAUUGAAAGUGUUCUCACACAAAUUGAGAGCGAUCUAAACUCAAUUAAGCGCGAAGAUUUAGAAUUAUUUAUUUUAAAACCUGUGGUAUCUAUUGAAGAUAUCAAAGAUGCUAAUUCUCUCGUUUGCAAGACCAAACAAAUGACCUUCAAUGUGGCAACGCUUUCCUCUUUGUCUAAGCAAAACCAGGAGCUCAGAGUGAAACAUGAUAAAACCAGUACUGCUCUUCUCAAUCUUUCAAAAGAAAACGAAGAAAUGAGAGCACGAAUUGAGGAACUUGAAAAACAAAAAGAAGAUGCCAGAAAACUUGUUGAACAGCUGCAAAAUCAGUUAACAACAUUAACACAAAACAUGUAA